CACUAAGAGUUUUACUCUAUUUAAAAUUAAAAAUUAACUUGGGUAUAAAGGACCUUGGAAUUUAUUGUUCAUAAAAUUUUAUUGUUUUUUUUAUUGCUGCAGAAAACGGUUUACGUCACCAGGAUGGAUGGAGUGCAGGAGUUCUUCAUCCAACCCACAACUAAAGGGAAGGAGCUCCUAGAAAUGGUUGCCAAGGCCAUCGACCUGGAUGAGAUUUGGUACUUUGGAUUUCAGUUUACCGACAGCAAAGGAAUCACCAAGUGGCUGAACCUUGAGAAGAAAGUGUUGGCUCGGGUUGCAAAGAAUCAGAGUUCCCUGCAGUUAAAGCUCAGAGUUCGGUUUUACCCAGAGGAUACAGAGAGGGAGCUGAUCCAAGACGUCACCAGGAGGCUCUUCUUCCUGCAGGGAAGAGGCUGUGAUCAAGUACCUGAAGAUCGCACAAAUGCUGGACAUGUUUGGUGUUACUUACUUCAAGAUGAAGGACAAGAAGAAACAGAACUGUGGCUGGGAGUGCAUGCGUUUGGUAUUAAAAUCUACCCAAAAGACAACAAAUUAACCCCUUUGAGUCAAUUUCUGUGGGAUGAAAUCAGAAGAGUAAGUUACGACUCUAAGAAAUUGAACAUCACUACGAUGGGAAAGAGAGUCCCUAUUUUGCAGGUGUACCCUGAAGAAGGUUCUCACAAAUGCAAGAGCAUCUUGGAGCUUGCUAUGGGCUACCACUUGUACUGUCGCCGCAAAGAGCCCGACAGCAUCGAGGUUCAGUAGUUGAAGGCUCAGGCCAGAGAGCAGAGAAUGUGGAAGAGAUCAUCAGAGUUGGGGAUUAAAUAAGCCCAAAUUGAACUGAUUUAGACAAAGAGGUUAUACAAGACUUCUUUAAUUAGUAUCCUUAUAAAUCUGAAAGCUUUACCAUCCUGGAACCAUGUCAACACGAGUGACAUCCUCAGGUCAUUCAUUUAGAUCAUGCCAUCUUUAAAAGAUUUCUUAAAAAGACAAAAUAGGCUUCUCAUUUUCUCCAGAAGUGGGUCGAGUUUUCUUUUCUUUCACGCCAGAUUUCUUGGGAUAACUUACAUAAACUUAGCCUGGGUGUUGGCUUCCUGUGCAACUCCGCUCAAUUCAAAUCUCGUCUCACAGGGACAGUCUGGGAUUUCUCCCAUUUGGAUUCCUAACCAGCAAACACAAGGAGGAGUUGUUAAGUGAUUUUACAAUUUGAAUUUGUUCACUCCGCGUUGGCCUCGCUCCCAAAUACCAAAUUAAGUUCAGCUCGGCGCUCAUCUCUCUGCAGUGAGGGAUGCUUCACAGGGCUGGAAUCCUGUUAAAGGUGUUGGGAGAUCAUCACAUAUAGUCACUUUCAAUAAAGUGACUAUAUGCUUUUGAAAACAACCUUUAGGAUUGCACACUGUUCUACAUUCUGCACAAUAUUUUUUUUUUCUUUUUAUUGGUUUGAUGUAGUAUUCUAAUUUUAAAUGUCAUGUUUUCAUUAACUGUAAGUGGAAAGUCAUCAUAAUUAACAGAAAUAAAGGUUGGAAAACACCAGUUUGCAUGUAAUUAAUCUACAUAAUGUGUUUCACCA